UGCUAAAAGCUAGUGGUGGUGUGUGAUUGGUAGGGAGUGGAGAAGCGUGUUUUUGUCUGUUGAAGAUCAGCAGCACUGAGGGGCUGAGGAGCUGCUCUCGUUCUGAUUAUCAGCAUUUUUUUCAUUUUUGUACAAUUCAAAAAAUUAAGAUACUAAAGCUGAGACUGAUCUACAUAAGGAAUCAGUUUUAUUGAUCGUCUCUCUGUCUGAUCUUCUGUCACAACUGCACGGAAGAGAAGUUGCCAUGGAAACAGUUCUCUUCUUCUAUUCGCUGCUUGUGUAUGUAGCUGCUGCAUCAGAGUCCACUGAACAGGAUGGAAAGGAGCGUAAAUUGGCCCCGUUUGAAUAUGAUUAUGAGAGUUUGAGGAUUGGAGGUUUGGCGUUUGCUGUGGUUCUCUUCGCUCUGGGCGUCCUCCUCAUCCUCAGCCGAAGAUGCCGCUGCAGUUUUAACCAGAAACCCCAGAGAGCUCCAGGUGAUGAAGAGGCUCAAGCAGAAAACCUUAUGGUGGCCAAAGAUAAGGAAACGCCAAAAGCUGAGAACUGAGACAUGACCUGAGAAACACAGCUGUCUUUGAAGAACAUUUCUGCAAACAUGAUGAUGAUGCUAAAGCUGAUUACGGUCCAUGGCUGUUCGAUGGAGGAAUGAAAGUUGCUGAAGGAGACUUCAGGCCGGUGUCUUGUAUAUAGCGCUUAGUCCUGUCACGUGACCAGUUACUGUAUUACUGUGUAAUGUCUUUUUCCGUAACUUCUUGCACCAGUUCGUACAAAGUAAGUUGUUGUAGAGAAACUAGCCACUACUGCCGAGUGUUCUAAUAGCUAGUGCUCUUCCCCGGCUAAGCUCCUGUGUUCGGUUUAACUGUAGGGUCCACGUUUAGUUUAAUGUCAACCUUUUUUAUGUCAAAGUGCUAUUAAUAGUGUGCUCACUCUCGUUAUAUGUCUACUGUUAAAACAUACAUAUGUUUACAUAUAUUGCAGAACUGUUAAAACAUGCAUUAUUAUGACUAUACCUUACACACAAUAUGUGUGUGUUUGUGUGUGCGAAUGCGUGUUUUGAGCUUGUGAAUGUGUGUGUGUGUGCAUAUAUCUGAAUGAGCCGCCAAUCAUACAGGUUAUUGACAGUGCGUGUGGGCACGCCUCCUCCUGACAAUCUGAUAACUGCAGCACCUACAGUUUAAACAGAAGCACAUAAAAACACUUCAACUGCUGCACCACCGGGGGCGCCGCACCACUGUUCUCUUAAUCAGCUACUACACUGCCCAGCUCUGUGCCUGCAUAACAGGACCUGUGACCCGUAGGCCGCAGGAGCCCUUCGCCUCACCAUAGUGCCGCUGACCCGUCCUCCACCCCUCUCUGCACAUGUAGCGUUUACACCCACUCUCCUCCAACUGCAUAUUCAGCUCCAGAUGUUCUACUGUUCUGUGAAAUCAAGCUGUCAGUCUGAUUGGAGAUGGUGUGCUUCAGUGUGUAUCUGUCCACCCACAUGUUACUUGUGACUACGAACCUAAGAUUAGUAGAUGUACAGGUCAGUUUAAGAAAAGAAAACAUCAAUUUACCAUUUUAGCAUGGACAUAUUCUGAAUCAUCCAGUCAGGUACGAUGCUAAGUAUUUUAGAAAAAGCUGUGUUCAUUAGAGAAAAGUACUUCUAUGAAUAUUCUACACAUCUUUGUGCAGCUGUAUUGUAUGGCCGCAUUUUGUGCUUUUAAAUACCCAAUAAAGUCGGACAGAAUUCA